UUUCCCUCCCUUUUUCCACUCUCAUCUUUCUCCUUCUCAGUAGCUAGAUUAAAAGAGGGAGAAGGAUCCAGCUCCAGAUACACAGAGAGACGGAAAAUGGAUCGUUCACCUCAAUCCGAUUCCACACGUUUCAUAGAUCAGGAUUAUCAGGAUUAUCUAGGAUUAGUUUCUAAUGGAUAUUUCAGAGAUCACGAUUUUUAUCAGGAUUAUCAAAUGUUCCUUUCUAAUCGCGAAGUUCCUUUUUAAGAAGAACUAGAAGACGAUGGAGUAGAAGAAGGAGGAGUUACUAAUACGGGUGAUGAAGAGAUGGAAGAUCCGGUGGUGGAGUCAAUUUCUGUGACGCUAACUGACCCAAAAGUUUUUGAUUGCCCCAUCUGCUUUGAGCCGUUGUACUCUCCCGUCUUUCAGUGUGAAAAUGGGCAUAUAGUUUGCUCUUCGUGCUGCACCCAAAUCAGGAACAAAUGUCCCUCCUGCCGUUUGCCUAUUGGACAUAACCGUUGCCUAGCAAUUGAGAAAGUUUUAGAAUCUAUCAAAGUAAAAUGUCAAAACACAAGGUACGGGUGCAAAGAAACAACGAGUUAUGGCAAGAAACUCGAUCAUGCGAAGACAUGCCACCAUGCACCAUGCUCAUGCCCCUUGUCAGACUGCAAUUUUGUUGGUUCUUGUACCCAGUUAUACAAACACUUCAGGGAUGAACAUGAGAAUUCAUCAGUAAAAUUUCAGCACAACAAAGUCUUCCAAAUUACCUUAAAUUUUGAUGACACUUUCAUUGUUCUUCAAGAAGAGAAGGAUGGUGUCUUGUUUAUUCUUAACAUCAGAAUUGAAUCUCUGACGAAUGUAAUUUCUGUUUGUUGUAUUGCGCCCUCAGCGAAGGAACAGAUCUAUUAUGAUAUUGUGGCAGAAUCUGGGGGAAGCAUUAUUAGAUUUCAGUCUUACGCAAAGAACAUUCAAAGCUGGAUUGAUAACCAACCUUCAUCUGGCAUCCUACUUCCAGCUGAUUCCUCUGGUCAUUCUGGGCAGCUCAAGUUGGAGAUUUGCGUAAGUGAUGCAGGACUGACUUUUGUAAAUUAAAAUUAGUUUUUAUUUUCCUUUUUGUUAUUAG